CAUGGCUUUAGUGACUUAAUUUGUAUUCAGAUUUUGUUAAGAUUUUAUUUCUGACAGAACUUGGAUGCUGUUUCAGUCAAAUGUUCUUCCUCCCUGUCUGUUACUUUGCUCUCUUUUUCAAUAGGCGGAGAAAGUAGAUGCAGCACUUCAUAGUAUGUUACUGAAGCAGGAACCACAAAGGCAACAUUUGGCUUGCUUGGGCACCUGGGUCCUAUAUCAUAACCUUCGUAUUAUGAUACAGUAUCUUCUGAGUGGCUUCGAGUUGGAACUUUACAGUAUGCAUGAAUAUUACUACAUAUAUUGGUAUCUAUCAGAGUUCCUCUAUGCCUGGUUGAUGUCAACACUGAGCCGCGCUGACAGCUCUCAAAUGGCAGAAGAGAGAAUAAUGGAGGAACAACAGAAAGGCCGUAGUAGUAAGAAAACAAAGAAAAAGAAGAAAGUUCGCCCUCUCAGCAGAGAGAUCACGAUGAGUCAAGCAUACCAAAAUAUGUGUGCUGGGAUGUACAAGACAAUGAUCGCAUUUGACAUGGAUGGGAAAGUAAGAAAACCUAAGUUUGAACUGGAUAGUGAACAAGUUCGAUAUGAGCACAGGUUUGCUCCAUUCAACAGCGUCAUCACACCACCCCCAGUGCACUACUUGCAGUUUAAAGAAAUGUCUGAUUUAAAUAAGUACAGCCCACCUCCUCAGUCAUCAGAUCUCUACAUGGCAGCUAGCAAACACUUCCAGCAAGCUAAAAUGAUUCUUGAGAAUAUUCCUAAUCCAGACUAUGAGGUCAAUCGAAUUCUAAAAGUUGCUAAACCCAAUAUUGUUGUCAUGAAGCUGCUGGCAGGAGGCCACAAAAAAGACUCUAAGGUUCCUCCAGAAUUUGACUUCUCCCCUCAUAAAUAUUUUCCGGUUGUGAAGCUUGUUUGAAAGACGAGAUUAUUGUUAGGGUACAUGAAGCAUAAUCUGUGUAUCAGAUACCAGCUGUAGGAUGGAAUAUCUAGUGCUGUACCCAGACUGAGAGGGAUCCCCAGGAUAAAAGAACUGUUACGUGGAAUAUCUGUAGUCUGCCUUCUUUACGUGAUCUGAAUGACAACUGCUGUGUUAAAGAAGUGGUUUGUAUAAAGUUUUACGGGUGAAGCUGAUUUUAAUCAACUGUAUUGUUGACGAAUGUUGUAUCCUAAUUGACUUUAUUACAGAUUUAAUCAUAAAUCA